AUGUGGUAUACUUGGAUAAUUCUGGAUAAAAGAACGCUGAAAAUACCUUUCGCUUCGGAAAAACAUGCUCUCAUCGCGAAACAAACGAUUGAAGUAGAUCCAGAAUUACAACCUCAUGCUGUAAAGCGAAUCAUUACUGUGGAGGAAAAUGUCCUCAUUGCGGCAUUCUCGACCCUCACAAUCCGUUUAGCGCGCCUAGUAGCCAAUGCCUUUCUGGAAAACGUAGACCUCGUUGUUCGUACGCUAGAACAGUUCGGUGAAGAAGCAGAAAAUCCCCCCUCUUCGUAG